AAAUGAGUUCUGUUUUGGACGAGUUUUUAUAUUCGGAAUUUUCAACUCCAAGUACCCGAACUGUAUCGGCUGUUAUGCUAAUUGUGGUCAGUAUAAUUGGCUCUAUAAUGAACGUGCUAAUUUUCAUCGCAACCUUUUUCCGGGUUACAAAACGAGAUGGGUUUCUGAAAAUUUGCUGCUUCAAUAGUUUUGGCAGCUGUAUAGUUUGCAUUGGGUAUUUGGCUUUUCCGGUUCCAAGUCUUUUACUUGAAGACCCUCCAAAUCACUGGCUAAAUGCGGCGAUGGGCCAAUUUAUAGCGUGGUUCGGGUGGAGUAUAGGCCCGCUGUCUCAAAUUUUGCUAACCGUCAAUCGAAUCAUAGCCGUCUAUUUUCCAUUGUUAUACAUGAAAAAGUAUCGGUAUAACCCUACAAAUGUCGGUAUUGGAUUUUCUUUUUUUGUUGCUUUCAUCCUUCUGGUUUCAUUUUUUCCAGAAGGCUGCCACUACCUUUUCAAUCGUGACUAUCUCGGUUGGGUCGGCGAGUUCACUCCGUGCAUUGAUAUUAUGCAAAAGACGUUUUUGGUCGUUAUGAUGACGAUUUGCGCCUUAACGACGUGUUGCAGUGUUUUGCUUUUCAUCAAGUUGAUCAUACAUUCCCCCAAUUUCCGCGUUUCAAAUGCUCAACUUGCAAAUCGCCAUAGAAAAAAUCGGAAACUAAUAAUUCAAGCAAUUGUUCAAAGCAUCCUUAUUAUAGUUGACUCACUGAACUCUACAAUAACCUAUAACCUAUUUCCAAAUUUAUUUUUUCAAUUCAUAACUCUAUCAUUUUCAAUGGUGUUUUUGAGAACUCUGGAGGGGUUCGUAGUAUUUUCCAUCAAUGAAACGAUCAAUGAAGAAGUGAAGAAAAUGCUCCGAAUGAAGAGUUCUGCAAGUAAUGUGUUCAUCGUGCCGAAGAGAUCGAUGUCCACUGGCCAGCGAAAUUAUGCUCGGCAAUCGCAGUCAAUUCCAUAGAAUUUGUCAAAAAAAAAAAACACUUUUUUGUUUUGUUUUGUUUUGUUUUCCAGUACCGAAUAAUAUUUUGAUUCAUUAAUAAAUUCUCACAGUUGA